AUAAAAUACAGCAACUGCAACACUUACAGUAUUUCUUUAUAACAUUCCAGCAUAGGUAUACUUUACGUUAAAGUAUACGUGAAGAGGAUGUUACACUUACAGAAACAUUUUGUCAGCUAACAUAUUAGAAAUAUAGUAUCAUUUGUUCAUACAACAAAUUUUACACACAGCCAAAAAAACCCGUAGAACCAAUUGAGAAUCUAGUUGCACUAUGACACUUCCUGAUUAUAAAAAGGUUUCUAUUUUAGAUCACAGGUCUUGAGACAAAAACAAAUCUUUUGCUUGCCUGGGUUGAUGAAAGACAUCAUUGAAAAGCUAAAGGACCAGACUACUUGAUGAAGCAUCUUGUUUUGCUAAAACAACUCUGUCCUACUCGUGUUAGCAGAGGAGGCCUGCUGAAGGCCCCAUUGAUCAAGGAACUCCAGAAAAGGUCCAAAAGAAGAGUCUUCUCUGCUGCAGUGCUGGACUUCUGGAACAUCCUGUACCCUGGGGUGAGAUUUAUCCCCACUCUCCUAUCCUUCUGCAACAGCCUGAAGACCUGACCCUGCCAGAUGACCUGGGGAUUCAACAGGAGUGCACAUCUUUGGAGAUAACGUAUUAGAAAGCUAUGAAUAACUACAAUCACAGUCUAAUUACAAUGGUUGAAAAUAGCCAUCCUGAAGAAUACCGAAUUUCAUCACUUGUCUUCUACAGUUUCAUUUUUACAACUGGCUUAGUUGUAAACAUUACAGCUCUCUGGGUCUUCAGCUGUACCACCAAGAAGAAAACAACUAUAACUAUCUACAUGAUGAAUGUUGCGUUGCUUGACUUGUUGCUUAUAUUCACCUUGCCUUUUCGAAUGCAUUAUUAUGGGAAACACUCUUGGAUCUUUGGAGAUGUCUUCUGCCGGAUUAUUAGUGCUUUCACUAUUUUUUACCCCAGCAUUGCAAUAUGGUUGUUAGCUUUUAUAAGCAUUGAUAGAUGCCUGGCUGUAGUUCAACCCAAAUAUGCCAAGGAACUCAAGAACACAAACAAAGCUCUGAUAGCUUGCACAGCACUUUGGAUCUUAACUUUAGUGACAACUUCGCCACUGCUUUUCUUAUAUUCUGAUCCAGAUAAAACUUCAAAUUUCACCACCUGCAUAAAGAUGAUGGAUAUUAUCUACCUAAAGGAAGUCAAUGUAUUAAAUUUUUGUCGGUUAAUAUUUUUUUUCUUGAUUCCCAUAUUUAAUAUGCUUGGUUGUUAUCUAGUCAUCAUCUAUAGUAUAAUUCGUGGAAGAACUUCCAAGCUGAAACCAAAGGCUAAAGAAAGAUCGAUCAGAAUCAUUGUAACACUAAUUACCCAAGUGCUUGUAUGUUUUGUGCCUUUUCACAUUUGUUUUACAUUUCUGAUGCUCCAAAAUGGAGAAGCAAGCUACAACCCUUGGGGAGCAUUUACGACCUUCCUCAUGAAUCUCAGCACAUGUCUAGAUAUAAUCCUUUACUACCUAGUUUCUAAGCAAUUUCAGGCCCGAGUUAUCAGUGUUAUGCUUUAUCGUAAUUAUCUUCGAAGUGUUCGGAGAAAAAGUAUACGAUCUGGUAGUGUGCAUUCAUUAAGUAAUAUUAACAGUGAGAUCAUAUAAAGUAAGUAAAGCAAUACAAUACAAUACAAAUACAUUUCAAAGCAAUACCGUAUACAUGCAUUACGUAAAGCUUAGAAUAAACUUAAAUUUCCAAUAAAUGUAUUAUGUUUAAAAAGGAAAGUUUUUCUUAUUCCUCUUUUAAAUUGUUUUUUCUUUGAAAAAGAAAUUAUUUUAGCAUAAAAUGCAUAAUCAUUUCUGCCUCUUUAAUAUUAAUAUAUGUUCUGUCCUAGGCUUCCUGAGAAAGCAUAAAUCACAAUCUUAGUCCCAAAAAGCCUCUUUUAUUGAUAUGGCUGUGAAUUAUUGUCAUUCACCAGCCCAUAAUGAUUCAUAGUUUGUGAAGAUUCCAACAGAUGCCUGCUGAGUUGAUACAGUCUUUCAGGGUAAUUUUGAUAAGCACCCAACUUUAUCUCCCUUGAAAUGCUGCCAGAGACCUAGUUGUCAAUUACUUUUGCAAGGCCAAAUGGAGCACAGAGUCAAACAGACGUCUCAGAGCUUGAACUGACUAUAUGAGCUAAUUGCUUCCUGCAAAGGCUCAUGUCCAUUUGCUUCUUUUUUAUGUCUUAUGGGAGGGGCCAAUAAUCUCCAAGCCUUACUCCCAAGUCGUCCUUUUUUUUCUUAAUUGUUCUUGCCUUGUGGCAGCUCUGCGCAUGCGCACACUGGGAACAGGCUCACACUGUUCGUCUGUCUCACUGAUGUCAGAUUCCAGAGCCUUGGAGGCAGCAUUUAACUACCAGAUGGCCCUGGCUCCCUCUCUGCAGAGCCCUCGUCCAAGCCUUCCCCAGACUCCAGGACUGGCCCAUGUUCCUCCCCAACCUCCUCAGUGUCCGACUCUGCUGCCAGUUCUGCAGGCUGCUGGCGGACCACAACAAUAUAUUCCAUUUUCCUUCAUUAUUUAUUUUAGCAUUAUUUUUGCUACUGAGGUUUCAACUCUGUAACUUCUAUGAGUUGCACAAUUUAUUAAGAAAAGAGAGUGAUACAAAAGAAAAUGUUCAAAAUCACAUGAUUUCAAUGUUUACAGUAUUGGGAGGGGGUGGGAAUUCCGUAUUUCUAAAUCAAGCGUUUCAUCUUUAAUAAAAUUUAAAUCUAAUGGGUAUAUCCCUUAAGGCAAAAUGAAAAGAUCUCCAAACAUGCUAAUAAGUUUUAAAUUACUUGUGGGAAUAAUUUACAUGUACUUUCAUUUGUCAAAAUAGGUGGCUAUCUCCUCAAAACUAUGGUUAGACUGAUUUAGUUUGUACAUGGGGGGACCCACAGGAAAUUCACUGUUGUAAACCUUAUUGAAAGUAAGGAGGAAAAAAUCUCAGAAAAAGGCAAUAGCAAGCCAUUUCUGUAUUAGUGGCAAUAAAAUGAUAUGGAGAUGUGUUUAACUUGGGGAGAUUUUGUCAUAGUGCCAAACCUAAUGCAUAUUCAAGUGUUAUUGCACACUGCAUAUGUUACUGUGCAUCUAGUUGCUUAUAAUAUAGAUUUUGUUAUAAUUAUUAUUUAACAGCAGAGAGGGGAAUGUCUGGGCUAAAGGUACUUUGCAUCUGUAGUAAUGCUGAACUGAACACCAAAGCUCUUUCUCCUGCCAAUAAUAUGAAAAAAUAAAGAAAGUGAUGCUUAACGUAGCACAGCUAAAACUGAGGCAUGGAAGAAAAUGCCUAACAAUGCAUCAAAAAACAACAACACUUCUUCUGAGUAAGAAAAGCUAAAUAAGGCUUAACAAGAUAUUAAAUCUAAAGCUGAAUUUAGGAUUAAGGUUUCCAUCCUAGAACAGAACCUUGCUGGUGAAGCAAUAAAAAAACUCAUAGAGAAGCCUUUGGUAUUGCAAAUUCUGAUACAAUACAGGUGUCACCAGUUUACCAUCAAAUAGAAAGAUUUCCCCUAUGUGUUCUCAAAUGACUGUCACUGCUGUAAAGAAAGUUAUCAGCUGUUUUUGUCACUCUCAAAUACAACCAUAGCCUCUUUAUAAUCAGUCCACUUACUGUGAAUUUAAAAAAGCUUGUAAUACAACACCUAUAGGUGAUACCAGAUUGGGGAAUGUUACUCUAGAAACAUGUAUGGAGGUAAAUAAAUACAGCCUUAAACACAGUGCUGAAUUUAACUCUUAAACCCCAAUGGGAGUUCAUGGGGUAAGGUGUAUGUGUGGAAUAAAAUAAAAUAAACAUAUUCUAGAAAAUAAAAAGGCAAUGCACUAAAAAGUUUGCAGCCUGGUUGGCAACUAAUAACUCAAUCAAUCUGACUUGGAGUUUAUCCAGUCAUGAUUGGAUAAUAAGAAAUUGUGGAGAUACAGAGUUGAAUCCAAAGGCAUCUGUUAAUUGGUAAAACAGUAUCUGGAAUUAAUUGUGCCAUUUUAUCUGUAUUUACCCUAAAUCUGCUCCAAAGAAUCAGAUGACCCUUCAGAUGAGAUCUGAGAGACUGCCUGGUGGCCUUACAAAUUUGAUAAAACAAAUAAAUGUGUGGACAGUAAAGAGGAAAAGCAGAACAUCUAUCAAUGAACAUGCCACACAGAUUCAAAUCAUUAGCAGUAUAGAUAUAUUAAACUCAUAUUUGGGAAUGCAGCAUUCUGAAGAAUUUCAUUUCUCCUCUGGAUGAGGCCAAAGCUUCUCUAGACUUUACCAUUCUGGGGGCAAUUGGCAGUUUCCAGAAAUAAAACUUCCAAGUUUGGUCAGAGCCCCUAACAGGCUUGUUGUGUCCAGGAGGUUGAAUUAUUUCUGAUUCAGAAGAUUUAUCUAUGAGAACUGUUAAACUACCUCCAGAGCAGCAAGUUCUGAAAUUCUAAAGACAGAACACAGAGUUCUAUAGUUCUAAAGAACAUUCAGUUGCUGAAUGGCUGAAUUUCACACAACCCAAAUUAAUAAUACUAAACAUUUCAUUUUUAUAAAUUACAAUAGCCCCAGAACUAAUAUUUAAGAUACAAAGAAGUGUGAAUGUCUCUUAAU